AGAAUAACAUAAUCGAGUUUUAAAUGAAGUACCUCGUAAUGAAAUAUUCUCUGAGAACACUUUUGCCGCUCUUUGUGGUGAUAUUUCUUCUAUUAUUAGGGAUUCCUAUUCUUACCAAAAGUGUGAUAGUAGAAGUUAUUGAAGACACCCUGAAACCAGUUACCGAGCACGAAGCGAUGCGUUCUUCUCCCGAGACGGAGGACUUGUUUUUCCACCCUGACCUCCUGGGCAAAAACAUGCGAGACGAGGCCGUCAUCCAGGCAGCUCGAGAGGCCCUCAUCGCGCCCGCCCGAGAGGGUCCUUACUACCUUGACAACCCGCGCCAGAAGUUCUACUCCCAGCACGGCCAAGACAAACACGUCAAGGAGAUUUUCAGGGACAUGCAGAAAGGAGGCUUCUUCUUCGAAGUAGGUGCGUUGACGGGAGAGAGCUUAUCUAACACACUGUACCUUGAACGGGAGCUCGGCUGGACGGGCGUUCUGAUGGAGCCCACGCCGGUCAGCUACCACGUCCUCAAGAGCAAGAACAGAAGAGCGCACAUCAUGCGGGCGUGCCUCGUCCCAGACACCAGCUACAGGGAACCUGUUUUUGAUAUAGGGAGAGAAGCGUGGGGCAACACUCUUGUGGACGCCGAGAAGACAAGUAAGUCGGUGAGAGUUCCGUGCUAUCCAUUCUACAGCAUCCUGGCGGCCCUGGGCAACCCUGUGGUGGACUACAUGUCACUCGACGUCGAGGGCGUCGAAUUGAAGGUGCUGAAGAGCAUCCCGUGGGAUGACGUGAAGAUCAGGGUGAUCACCAUCGAGAUUUUCUUACUUCCUGAAGGCCCAGAAGCGCUCAGGGUGUUCAUGGAAGAAAAAGGCUUCAAGUUUAUAAAACAACUCGACCAAGACUAUUUGUUCAUCAAUAAACAACUCAGCAGAGGUUUGAAUAUUAAAGUUAUGAAGUAAGAGCAAGAGCAGGGUGGCCCAGUGGCUAAAGUUCAGAGUACCAAGAUUGAGGCAGAGAGGUCCUGGUUUGAUCCCAGCUAUGAGCGCCACUUUAAUGUCAGAAUCGGCAAGGAGGCCGGGCGUUAAGCAAAGAAAAUUUGAAGCAG